UAGCGUUUAUGCUAUACACAUGCGCGAAAUUAGUCCAUCAACGUACGACACAAACUGGCUCUUGAAACCUCGUGGCAUCUUCUAAAAACGGAAAUCCAUAAAAAAGAAUAAAAAGAACUAGCUUGAAUUUUUUCAACAUGGACUCUAAAAAGACUGGACCGAUCGACAAUGCGUGGUCAUUGAAAAUUCCACAGUUUAAAGAGAAGGAUAACCCACAUCGUCUCCUUGAAGAAAGUUCAUUCGCAACUAUGUUCCCAAAGUAUCGGGAACAGUAUUUGAAAGAACAUUGGUCGUUGGUUCAGAAAGUGCUAGCCGAGCAUCAUGUCAAGGCUGAGCUAGAUCUUGUCGAAGGUAGUAUGACAGUGAAAACUACUAGAAAAACGUGGGACCCAUAUAUCGUCAUCAAAGCACGCGACAUGAUCAAGGUCAUGGCUCGUUCCGUUCCCUUCGAGCAGGCAGUGAGAGUGCUCCAGGAUGGCAUUGCUGCAGACGUCAUAAAAAUAUCCUCGCUUGUCAGGAAUAAGGAUAAAUUUGUCAAAAGAAGACAAAGGCUCAUCGGACCAAAUGGAUGCAAUUUGAAAUCCAUUGAACUGCUCACCAAUUGUUAUGUCGUAGUCCAGGGACAAACUGUGUCGGCACUGGGCCCUUACAAGGGUCUACAGCAAGUGAGAAAAGUAGUAGAAGAUACGAUGAAAAAUAUUCAUCCAGUUUAUAGCCUCAAAGCAUUGAUGCUCAAAAGAGAACUUGCCAAGAAUCCAAAAUUGAAGAAUGAAAAUUGGGAGCGUUAUCUUCCCAAAUACAAUAGUAAGAAUAUAAGCAAGCGCAAAGAACCGAAGAAGAAGAAGGUGAAGAAACCAUACACUCCAUUCCCACCGCCUCAACCAGAAAGCAAACUUGAUAAGGAGAUGGCAUCUGGCGAGUACUUCUUGAAGGAAGAACAGAAGAGGGCAAAGAAAAGGAAGGAACAGGAAGCGAGACAUGAAGAAGCAACUAAGAGAAGACAGGAACGCAGAGCACAAGCAUUUGUACCACCUGAAGAAAAGCCUGUUCAAAAGUGAAACUGCCGAAAAACUGUGAUAUUAACAUUAUAUGAAUAUAAAGAAGAAAGUUUAAUAAGAACUCUGCAGAAGCGCAAGAUAGAAUAAUGUCAUAACGCAAAUAAUAACAGGUAUUUCUUUCAUGAUAUCAAUGAUACGAUAUACAAAGGUACGUGAUAUGUAAAGUGAAUGAAAAGGUAUGAAAAAUUGAAUUUUGUUACACAAAUAUAAUUUACGGAAAUAUCCCGCUAUUUUAUUAAAAAAACUUGUUUUUAUAAUUACUGUAGUAUAUCGCAUUCUUAACAUAUAUUUAUACAUAUAUAUAUAAUUUUUUUACAUUUUUGUAAAAUAUGGAGUAGAGGAAAUUUCGGUAUUUAGCAUUUUGAAAACUAAUAUACUUAGAAUUUAUUAUAUACACAUUUUUUUCAAUAAUAUAUAUAUAUAUAUUUAUUUUUAUUUAUUAAACUUACAGAAUAUUUUGAAUGUUUUGAAACAAUCUCGAUAAAAUAAAAUUUUGCACAUAUUUUCACAGAUAAUAUAUUGUAAAAAUAUAAUAUUUUUAACGUUAUUAAUCAUAUUUCUUCUCUGUUUGACUUAUACUUCUGAUUCUGCUUUUUUGAAUCAGGAUAUUUUGUUCCAAGUAGAAUAUAAAGUCUUCAAUAUGCUAAUACCUUGCGUGACUCGAUGCAGUCGCCAUUUCAAAUCUCAUCGCAAAAUUAUCGUACUAAAGUAGUGGAUGCCAAAUUAGCCCUGAAUCAUUUUUCAAUAUCCAAAAUCGCUCUUAUCAGACAAAAUAUUAAACUAAUAUAUCAUACUCGUCGUAUGACAAGGGUGUAAAUACUCGUUCAAUAUAAUACAGCGCCCUUAUUCUAUCUGCACCACAAUUUCGCUUCUUGAGUACAAAUUUUCAUAUUAUUGAAUACACCUAUAUUAACAUUGACUGGUUAUCCGCUAUCUUAAUAUUAGGCUCGAGUCGCCUAUUAUCUUAUUUUAUUAAUUUUGGAAGUACGACAUUUCGUUAACUUAUAUCUAUACUUGUUCUCUUUUAUGUCGUGGAUAUAUUUAUUUACAGAUAUAUGAGUAUAUAUAAUAUAUGAUUGUGUGGCGAUCCCGCUUACGUGAGAAAUGCACGGAAAUGAGUAAUAAAUAUGUAUUCACGCUAAUUGCAAAACAAGCUUUUUGGAAUUGUUAGGACGGGAGGGGAGUGAUCGAUAUAUAUAUAGAAUGUGCAUAAUUAUUUACAAAACGAUUUUCACGUCGCGUGAGAUAUAGACAAGUUUCAGAGUAUUUUCCGCAUGCUUCCGUUUGUGCGUGCGUAUUCGAUAUCGCAUAUUUCUCGUACUUCCUCUUGGUUUAGUUAAUAAAAAAUUGGAUUAAUUUUUCCUUUUUAAAAUAGGUUCUCGAUCAACAAUUAUGGGAGAGAUCAGUGUAUAGUACGAUAUUUUGUUUAUUUCAUAAUAUUGAAAGGAUUAUUUGCGGAGCUCUAAUCUCUUGUAAUUACUAGAUUUAAUUGUCAAAUAAUUUCUUAUUAAAAGUUAAGCAUUCCGUUAAUUAAGCUUUGCAUGCGAAUUAUUAUCUAUAAAACUUUAAAUUAUUUGAAAACAAAGUUUCAAGUUAUCUAGCUUUUGAAGCUUGGACGGCAAAAUCCUUUAAUUCAAACAUUGACUGACUCUGUAAUUAGACUUUUCUUUUUCAAUCUCUGGUUAAAAGUUAGUCGAAAUCCUUCAAAGCAUCUGUAGCCGAAGGAAGCGCGAUAAUACAGAGAUAUACCUUAUGUACGUAUUUACUAUCUACGUAUAUGUCAUCGCUAGCUGAUUCUUCGAUUAAAGGAAAAUAAAGGGUCGAUGUUUUUUCUCGCGCGACGAUACAAUAAAAAUCUGAGAUUUUUUAGA